AUGGCUACACACCACCAGCGAGUGUGCAGAAAGUGCUGUCCUGUUUUACACUCCAAGAGUAAGGCUGAGAAGGGAUCAAAGUGCCGAUAUCGUCACUGUGAAAAAGCCGUUGGCAGUGACACCGUGUGCUCAUUAUGGAGAGAGGGAAGAUGUUCCCAUCAACUUUGCAAAUUUAGACAUAUGGAAAUACAGCAAAAAUACAACAGCAUUUCAUGUUUCUGGGAAACACAGCCUUUAGGCUGUGUGAGAAUCAGUUGUGUCUUCCAUCACAGGAAACCUCGUAACAUAAAUGGACUUUUUUUGCCACCCAGUAGCGAUUCCACGUCGCAAAGGGAAGUUCAAGAAGGGAUUUUACAUCCUGCCCAAAAACAAGAUUGUGCAAGAGGUCAAGAAAGCACAUUAAGGCCUAUUCAUCCUCCACUGAUCAUUACCAUCAAUCUUGAGGACGAUGACGAUGAAGAACAGGAAGAGAAAUAUGCAUCUUACUUAUUGUCAAAGACACCAGAGGACAUAGAAGAAGAAAAAGCAAUAAAAGAAAUGUGCUACAAAUCUGGAGAAUACUACAGGAUUCAGACUUCUCAGGAAAAUUGCUCAACAAAAAACAUACCGUCAAUGCUGGAGAAUGAGCUCUUGAAACCCAUGGAAACUGGCAGAGAGUUGCAAGAAGGUGAUGGUAUUGCAGUUCUAUCCAAGUUUAAUAUUAUACAAAGGCAAACAGAAAUAACAGCAUCUUUAGACAGUAGCUCUAGAUCUGAACUUACUGCCUUUGAAAAUGGAGGAGGUGAUUGUUAUUUGCCACAAAGAAAUAUACUUGUUGGAGGAAUACAAAACAAAGUGUUCAAUGGAGAAAAAGAAUUUACCAUGCUGAAGUGUUCAAAUGUUAAAGCUACAAGCCAUACUGAAAACCUAAAGAAGCAUCAUUCUAAAGGAGGGAAGAAAAAGAAAUGGAUAUCUGAAGAAGCCAAACCCCCAGCAACCCCUUUGAUAGCCAAAGCAAUGCAUACUUCAAAUCCUAAAGGUAAAGGGAAUUGCCAACAAAAUGAUCAAAGCAAGAAUGCUGAGAAUGCUUCUUAUGUUCCUUCUCAGAGAGCCAAUGGGAGAAGCAUUUCCUUGAGUUCUCCAGCGACUGGAAGGUCACCAAAUCUGACCUAUGGUAAAGUUGGUGCAGUCAAAGAAUCCAAGUUGAAUUUACCUACAGAAAGGUGCACUUCUGCAUAUAAUAUACCAGCUUGGCGAAAAAGAAGCCCACAUACUAAAAUAUAUACUAAAGCUGAAAAAAUGCAUUCAGAAACCUGGGAAAGGUAA